AGCUGCAUUUCGCCGCGGCCAGUUCGAUAAAAAUCAGUCGUUCACAGGGGCUGUUUUGGCGUGGUGUCAGUGCUGUGAUUUCUGUGACGAGUUCGCGUGCAGUUCCGCGGUAAAUUAUCAGUGGACAGUUGCGGACGUGGAAUGAUAAAUGGUGGCGACCAGCAGCAUGGUGUAUGAGGAGAUAGUCGGGAUACGGGGCAGCUGACCCCAGCCGCCGCGCACGCUUUUCACGCGCGAGAUGCCCCACAACUUGAACCACCCCGUUUCCACCAACUCCGCCAACACGGGACCGAAUAAUCAUAAUCAUCAUCAUCAUCAUCAUCAUCAUCAUCAUCAGGCCUACGCGCACCAGCCUUAUCACCGGACGAACGGAGAUGGAUUCCAAGCAGAGAAAGAACCGGUGCAGUUCGACACGUCCCAUUUACGGGGCGCGCCGGCGGAGGUCGAGGCCCUUGUGCACAACAUCCGUGAUGUCGCGCAGCAGUUUCUCUAUCAUUGGCGAACGUUCCCGAUCGUGCUGCCGCCGCCGUUAUCCACGUGCACGGACGGCGGCGAGGACACGCUCGCCAGGAAGAAACACCACCUGAGGGAUCUGUUCGUCGCGCCCAGCUUCGACGAGCUCGACUCGGUCGCCGUGGACAGCAAGGGUGAACCGAGGCGGCUGACCAAGAAGCAACUGGAGAGCAUCAGUAAACGAGGCUUUCAGAAGGAGAAGUACGGAAAAUCGAAGAAGCUGAAUGCCACUCAAUUGGAGAGCAUUCGGAGAUGCGGGGAGUUCGAGGUCGAUUCGAUUAACUUCGCGGGACAGACGCAUCGAUGGCGAUUGAGCGGUCUUCUGCAGCGUGGACGGGACCGAAGGCGAGACGCUUUGCUCCGUGAUCUUGCGUUGGCCACCAGAUUCCUCGUGGUCACCGCGAAAGCGAGACUUGUGUCCCACUGCUUCAGUGUUUCCCAGUCCCUGAAGGCAUUUCUGACCGGGCUCUUACGGCUUCUUGAUAUCGUGAUCGGUGUACCGUCGCUUCAGGCGCAUAAUCUAGAUGCCAAAAUCAGGGAGGAACGUUGCCGAUACUUGGUCGCUGAAUUGGUGUGUAGGCCGGAAUACGAAGAUUCUCUGGAACUGUUAUGCGGUUUCGUCCGAAAACAGCUUCGACGCGCAACCAUGGAGAAGUUCGAGGUGGAAAGAGAAUUGUCGCAGCUGCUGCCGAUCCCGGUUCCGUUCGUGUUCGGAACACCCGCAGGAGCAGUGGUCGACCUUAGAUUAUUUAGCCGAGACAUUAUCAGAAAAGCUUUACCGAUCCUAGUUGCUGUUUUGGAGAGAGAGACUCGAGGCUGGUUUCUUCAUUUCAGAGAAAGACUGAUAUCGGAGUUGAGAGCACGGAAAAAGCCGGACGACGAGAUCGAGAAAGAAGUGAACGAGGCUGUUAUGAGAGAGUAUCUGCAAAGGGUCUUCUCGAAUAUUCUGUCCCAUCCGGAUAUACAAGACCUCGGAAACGGGAUCGCUCAGCUUCUAGUCCAACAAGCCCAGUCGGUCGUGUUGAUGCACCGAGCGGUGGAAACGGUGCAACGGAAACUGUUGCAGACCAAGGAAUCGUUGAGACGUCAUAUCGAGAACGAGCAUCCGGUACUAUCGCGAAUAGAGCCCUGGAUGCGCGACCGAAUGAGAGAGGUCGAAGAGAAAUUCAUAGAGGAGUGCGAGUGGAGCGCUCACGAGGAAGCCCUCACGCUCUGCACCCAUCAAAAUUUACAACAGACCGUUUACUUUCUUAAUCGGGAUUUAACAUUCAUGAAAGAGAGGGAACCAGUUUUGUUGAAAGAGCUGCGUAAAGUUAAAACGCCCACAAGAAGCUUCCAAUGGCCGACUCAGAUAUGGCUUCCGAAGAAUUGGAUCGUCAGACGUAGUUUCCAAGGGCAGUCUGAAAUUAUACCAACGGUGCUGAGCAACACUCCGACGUCCAUUACAACGCCCCGCGCUGAUCCGAGUCAGCCGGUAUUUUUAGUUGAACGGGAAAUCGUGCACACGACUACGACAAGAUGGCCUAUGUGGCGUUGGAUAAACUACGUAGCUAGAACAUGGUGUUGGACAUGGAAUGCUAUGUUCCUGUUAGGUGUAGCAGUACCGUGGUGUAGCCCAGUUUCCAUUAGGGCCUUGUUGCUCGUACAACCAUUUACCCCUGAUCUAGAAUUGAGUCAGCUGAACGGUACCUUGUUCCCCCGAAAGUCCUCCCAAAUGCCCACUCUCUGUUCUCGAUUGAUAGCUCUCUGGCGACACAUUAGCAAAAGUCGGACACAUUUUGAAACAGAACCGGAUACUGGAUUUAUUGGCAAAGGAAUGACGAGGCAUUUAAACAGAUUAUGGAAUUACGGCGUGAAAGGACUAUUAGGAACGCUUGUAAUACUAUUUGUUUUUCCUGUCGUGUGUCUACUGACUAGUCUCGGAUCACUCCUUAUUGCGCUUACUGCAGUUUUAUGGAUGCCAUUGAUCACCUUGGCGUUGCAUGCGUUCAUGGCGCUUAUAAUGGAUCUUGAUAGUCCGGAGCCAAGUCGGAAUCGAUACUUAGUCAUUAUGGAAGCGUUAGUUUGGAAUAUCGGUGUUCAGGGAUGUCUACAGCCGAUCGCAGCAUUUAUCGUAGCACUUAUUUUCUGUCCCGUUAUUUCUUUUGUGAUACUUACAGUUGCUGUGAUACGUUACUGGAUCAGAGUGGUCUGGGACACGGCUAUGUUUCAUUUAGUAAUAAAGAACAGGGGUCGUAUACCUGCCAGUGACAGCUUCGUAGUUAAACGGAUAGCCGGGCCAGGAUUGACAUCCGAUUAUUAUUAUCAAAUCAGGCCAGAGCAAGCGCUAGCCGCGUUCGAGGCAAAACUCGAGCUAGACGAAUUGUUAGCUUUCCAGCAAGAAACGGAACGAUUGAUUACACAACCGCAAAGGGAUUUUACUCAGUUUGUCGAAGCUUGUUUUGGUCCGUUCGCUGCUAGCCUAGCCAAAACGAAGGAUCCGUAUAAAUCGCUUGAAAAGGAAGCCAAAGAUCUUAUCGCUGUACUACACGAGAAAUUGGAUAGACGUAGGAAAAAUUUACAAACUGGCCUCGGGAUGGUUGUGAGAAGCAAAAUAAAACUUACUACCUUUGAUUUGAAGGUAGUAAUACAACAAGGAGCGCUAAUGCUGGAACGCCUCUAUCCUACUCACGUAUUUGCGCGAUUAACAGGAAACGAAGAAGACUUUUGGGAGAAUAAAGGUUUAAGCGUUGCCGACUGGGCUGGCUUGGCUGGCCUGAUGUACGCGGACAUUUUCAGUCUGAAUUUUCUUCAACCUCUCGACGACGCGGACACCAAGUUCAGGCUGGAACCUCAUCCAGGCGUUGAUCUGUCACGUUACACAGAUAUGGUUCAUAGCACUGAGCUUGGUGGUACCAACGGCCCAGAUUUACUGGGUGCCGUUUACGCGCCACGUGGGAAUAUACAGGUUUAUAGUCCUUACUUGGAAGUUUCAGCGUUCAAUCCGCGAGCCAAGCAAACUAGUAACAGCAGGAAAUCUGAGAAAAGAAGUGAUACGGGAGCACUGUUGACGUCAACAAGGAUCAAAAGACGCGCAGCUUCGACAAACGGCGUCACAGAGGCACGUUGGCAGCCCUGGAAACGACAAAUUCGUCCUUACAGCGCGGAAAAGUUACUCAUCCCCCUUCCUAUCCCCCAUCCUGCUCAUAUCGCUGUUACAAUUCACAAUCGCGACUCCGAGAAUCCGAUUCCACUCGACUCGGAACUCUGUCAGAAUAUACUCAGGGCGAUCGAGGAAUCGCCUGGCGAAAUGUCCGCAGACUACGUUAGUCGUUACAGAGGAGCGGCAGAUUCUAGCUUCGAUUCGGUCGCCUCGCAGUCGUCGGUCUCCAUCGACGCUGGUUUAGACAAGGACAACGACACCCAAGAAACUACCAACACUGAGAAAGAAGGUGAAACUUAUCAUUGGACGUUAUCGAAUUGGGGCGGUGGUGUUACAAGAAGACGAAACAAUUCUGGAUCUAUAAAAGUCGAUCUAGCAUCGCCGGAAGACGUUACUCUGGACACAGAUACCACCAGAGUGAUGUUCAGUACGUAUGGAACAACUGUUUAA